AUGAGCGCCAACCGAAUCGUGACCAAGCAGACCGAGUGGCUGUACGAGGCGGCGGCGGAAGGCGCGACGGAACGAGUGAAGAAGCUGCUGCAGGAAAAGGAUGCGGAUGUCAACUUCCACCAACGUGCGCAGUAUGGGUCUACGCCUUUGAUUGCUGCGAUCGUGGGCGGCCAUAUUGAUACUGUGGAGGCUCUGUUGGAAGGCGGGGCGGAUAUUUCAGCCUUGCGCACCCCUGACGCCAACAGUCCUCUGCAUGAAGCCAGCUUCCGCAAAAACCCUGACAUUGUGCGCGUCUUGCUGCGAUUCAAAGACCAGCACAUGGAAGAGGACAUGAACGAAAAGUCCAAAGACCCCCAGCGAAAAGGCGGGCAGUCCACUUGGUCAAUGAUCAACGCCAAGAAUCAAUUUGGAAACACUCCGCUUCAUGCCGCGGCCAUGGCAGGCUGCGCAGCCACCGUGCAGGUGCUGCUCGAUGCUGGCGCUUCCGUCGACGAGCUCAACAAUCAACUGUCGACUCCGCUGCAUCACGCUUGCUACUGCACGCACGACAACACAGACGUCGUGGCGGCCCUCGUCCGAGCCAACGCCAACGUGAAUGUCCAGGACAAGAACCACUCGACGCCAUUGAUUGUAGCUGCCAAGAAGAACCAAGUAGGCGCUUGUUCCCUGCUUCUCAACGCGGGGGCGGACCCUGCCGCCAAGGACGACUCGAAUCGGAAUGCGUAUGCGUCCGCGGUCCUGCGUAACAAUGACCGUGUCAUGGCGGUGCUCGAAGGUCUGGCGCCUCAAGACGAACCACUCGAGUCUCCUCGAACCAGCCGCCGACCUCUCUCGACCGAAGUGCAAGUGUAG